GGAACUCGGGAAGUGUAGAUCGGCGUAGAGGGAAAUUUGUGGUGUGUAAUAUGUGUUGCAACGUGGAGAAAUAGGCGUAAUUCGAAACUGCGAUUUAUAUUUUGUUAUAUAUAUAUCAGUUUAUAUUUCAUUUUGUUUGUUUGUCCGUUGGGAGGUAAACGAGUUCAAGCAUACAUUUGUUAGUGAAUAAGACCUUCGGUUACAUUAUACAAGAAUUAAACAUUGCAGUGUUCUGUCGAAUAUAUUCAAUACAUCGCUAACAGAAGUACUGCAAACAAAUACAAAUAAUCUGUAUUCCAGCGUGCUAUAUACAUUGAAGCGUAUAGGCAGUCACGCUUCGCAAUCCGGAUGACAUUUUCCGAAAUUAGCAUAACGAAGACAAUAUGUCUCCACGUCUGAAGAUUGCGAGUAAUGUUCUUAAUAGACUGGCUGCAGUGAAAUCAGAAUGCAUAGGCAAUUUAUUUGGCAUGAUGGAUGAUGGUGCUCUGUUGGUCAUAGGACUGUGCAUGAAAUUAGAUGAAGAGAUUGAUUCUGUCUCAGUGGAGAAUCAGAAGCUUCACUUUCCAGCAGAAAUUGAACUGUGUGGCUAUGUGAUAUGCAGUGAUUCAUCACAGUUAACAUCAGAAUUUCCUGAAGGUCUGCAGCAGGAUGUGCACAUAACAGACAACCCUGUUUUCUUGUUUUACCAACUGGGCAAUCAUUCUGGAUUAAAAGCACAGAUUUAUGCACAUGAGAAUUUGACAGAUACUAUAUAUGAAGUAGUGAACGAGACAGACUUGUGGAUGCAGUUCCUUCAUUUACGACUUCAGACAAGGCUUCCACUUAUAUGUGAACUGCAAGCUGAUGCCAUCAUUGAAGCGUUGCUUCUCUUACAGAAGAAGGUGGCAGCAAGAGAGGCAUGCUUUCAUUUUCCUAAAUCAAGUGUGUACCUGAUUAACAGUGAUACAGAAAAUGGACUGAGUGGACUCUCAGAGGACACAACUGUUGGGGAGUUAUAUGACAUUCAGUACAAUUCUGAAUCUAAUCAGAUCUUCACUGAAGGUUGUGUUAAAGUGAAAGGCAAGAAGAUACGUUCUGCCAGAGAUAUUAGUGUGUUAUCAGUAGAGAUGUUGCUGAAGUUAACCCAGGACAGUCAUGUAGAUUCUCCAAGCAAAUGUGCACCUGUCAUACAGCAUAUAAACGAUGAAGUGACUGACACAUUAUUACCCUUUAAACCUGCCUCAAGCUCUGCAGACUAUUCUCUUACUUUCAUUCUAAUUAAGACACAUGAAGAAAGAAAUUACACAUGCCUGAAGACUCAUAUUAAAGUUGACAGUCUCUCAGUGGUACACCGAAAUUCAAAGGUUGUCCAUCUAUAUGCUGUGUUGGUGGACAGUUUAUUGCGGAAUUUGAAACUGGCAGAGAAUUCAUUCCUACAACAAAUAACAAAUUUUGAAGAUUCAGCAUUUGCAAUAUGUGCACCAGAACCCUACCACUUUUUUCCUCCUGAGUGUGGACAUUUCGUAACAGUUAUGUACCCAGAGAAGAAGCCUGAUUCGGAGCUGGAUAUGGAGCGCAGAUUGCUACACAGAUUUUUGGUGCUUCCACAAGACAGACCAUACUUCAGGCGUGCCGCUGCUCACUUGUUUUCAAGCGAUUUUCCUGCCAAUGCACCACUGAUAAACGUUCAUGAGGGUCUGAUACCUACAGUGAAGGAUGGAGAGGUUUCAGCAGUGAAGGGGAUAUACAGUUAUCAUCACUACUGUCAGGAUUCUGUUGAUGACAGUGGUUGGGGUUGUGCCUACCGUUCAUUGCAGACUAUCAUCUCUUGGUUUAAGUGGCAAGGCUAUACAGAACACCCAGUUCCAACACAUCAUGAAAUCCAGCAGUGUCUAGUUAACAUUGGUGACAAACCAUCAUCCUUUGUUGGUUCACGCCAGUGGAUAGGUUCUACAGAAGUGAGCUUCUGCCUGGAGUCUAUGCUGGGAGUUACUUCAAAGAUACUGUCUGUCAGCUCUGGUGAGGAGCUUAGUAAUGUGGGUGGUGAGCUGGCUUACCACUUCAGGAUUGAGGGCACUCCUGUCAUGAUUGGGGGUGGUGUUUUGGCCCACACUAUUCUGGGCGUGGACUUCAAUAAGAAUACUGGUGAGCUAAAGUUCUUGAUCUUGGAUCCUCACUACACUGGAAGUGAAGAUUUGCAAGUGAUGCAAGGGAAGGGAUGGUGUGGCUGGAAAGGUGUCAGUUUUUGGAGUAAGGCAGCAUACUACAAUUUGUGUUUACCUCAGCGGCCAAGAUGCCUCUGAAUAUGUUUGUGUUUCAGGUAUGUGCAAGUUUUGGCAGUUGGUGGUGUGGCAUAAGGGGUGAAAUUUUUCUCUGUGUUAUUGAUGUAUUCUUAUUCCAAGAAACACGUGGAUUAUGUUAAAAAAUUAUUUAAUUUUCUUAUUUUUUAUUGAAGAAUAGCCUGGCAAGUAUUGAGAAAUUCCAGCUGAAACAUCUACUCCAAGUUCAGUUCUUCUCAUCUUUGUAAAAAUUGAUGUAUUCCUUGUGUUUCUCUUUCUUCCUCUGUCUCAUCCUCUUCUUCCCCAAACCCACCAGGACCUCAGUGCAUAUUUGAUGUUCAAUUUCACUAAUCCCAAGUAAAUAGUCUUAAUGUUUAAUUAUAUCCAUUAAAGUAUUCUCAGGUUAGUGUACAAGUCCAUAACUCCAAACAGACCUGAAAUGGUGGCUUCACAGUAUUUAGAAAAUCAUAUAUAAUUCGUAAAUCCUAGGAUUAGUUUCUGUUAUUUCUUUGUUACUGUACCUUAAAAGGUGCCAGACCUUUGUGAAUCAUUCAUCAGUGGAUUCAAUAUUGUGUUUGCAGUUACAUCUUACAUUAUUCAUGGAAAACUUGUGAUAGCCAUAAAUAUUUGGUUAGCAUGAUAACCUGUAUCCUACUGACAGCCAAUUGUGUU